AUGACUUUGUUAACAUCUGUUACAGCCUCUCAACGGCUAGACUCCCGAGGAAAGCCUACUGUUCAGGUCGAAGUACGAACCGCUGAUGGGAAGUUCCGCGCAAUUGUGCCGUCAGGGGCGUCCAAAGGAGAUUACGAAGCAGUCGAAAAACGAGAUGGCGGCAGAGCAUUUGGAGGAAAUGGUGUGCUCGAGGCAGUAAAGAACGUCGAGGAAAUCAUUGGCCCUGCGCUCAUAGCUCAAAGGUUUGAUCUGGGAAUGGGAUUGAAAGAGUUAGACAACUUCAUGGUCGGCCUAGACGGGUCCUCGGACAAAAGUCACUUGGGUGCGAAUGCUAUCCUUGGUGUUAGUAUGGCCUGUGCGAGGGCAUGUGCGGCGGCAAAGAAUAUUCCUCUGUACGAAUUUCUGGCACGCGAAACUCGAUCACGCCGGCAGGGUUUUGUUAUGCCGGUACCAUUCUUGAAUGUUCUCAACGGAGGCGUCCACUCUGGGAAUCCGAUGGCAUUCCAGGAAUUUAUGAUUGCACCAACGGGAGCCCCCUCCUUCGCUCAAGGUAUCCAGUGGGCGGCUGAGGUGUAUCAAGAAUUGAAAUCAAUCAUCACCAAAACUUUCGGCAAAGCCGCAAUUGGCAUUGGAGACGAGGGGGGCUUCGCACCGCCUAUUUAUCAGCCUCAUGAAGCGUUGGAUCUUAUAAUGGCCGCUAUCAAGUCCGCCGGGUACGAGGGACGUUUCAAGAUUGGAAUCGACCCAGCCUCAACCGAGUUUUUCAGGGAGGGUGAAUAUGACCUGGGCUUCAAAUCUGGCGAACCUAGGAGGCUAUCCAGCGUUCAGUUAAUGGAUUUGUACCAGGGUCUGGUUGGCAAAUAUCCAAUUGCGCUGUUGGAAGACCCUUUUGCCCAAGAUGACUGGGAUUCCUGGAGCGCUUUUAACAAGAUCUGCAAAGCCAGCGCUGUCGAGCUUGUGGGUGACGACCUCUUGGCAACCAACAUCAGGCGUAUAGAUAAGGCCUCAAAGGCUGAUGCAUGCAAUUCGCUGCUACUGAAGGUGAACCAGAUCGGAACAGUGAGCGAAGCCAUCUCGGCCGCAGAAAGAGCAUACGAGCUCGGGUGGUCUGUUUUUGUAUCUCAUCGAUCCGGAGAGACCACGGACGAUUUUAUCGCUGACCUGGCUGUCGGAAUCGGCUGUGGCCACUUGAAAUCUGGUGCACCAUGUCGAGGUGAAAGGGUGGCGAAAUAUAAUCGCCUUAUGGAUAUCGAAGAGGAGUUGGAGGCGAAGAAAACUACCUGUUCGUAUGCUGGAGAGGCAUUCAGGUAUGCUCAUACUAACACCAAGGGCUGA